GCCGAGGCCGCCGCGUCGCCCGGCCCGACCGCCGCGCCGACAGCGACAGGUGGCGCCGACGCCCGCCGCCUGCGCGCUAAGCUCGCCGAGACCCGCUCGUGAGCCGACCCACCACAAUUCAUACGGCCGGCUUCUACAUCAAACUUCAAUAUUAAGCUUUGCAAUCAAUUACUGUGCAGUGCUCAUUUGUUUUUUAAGAAGAAUGAUAAUAUCUAGGUGUUUGUGUGCUGAUGAUAUAUAAAAAUGCUACGGAACUUUGCCCAGUUUUGAAAAUAAUUUAUUACGUGAAACAUUGUGGUGCGCUGCUUGUGGGUGCAGACGAGUUGUGGCGCGUCGCGGAGCAUGUCGCGGCGAUGACGCGGCGCGCAGCGCGCGGCAUGCCCUGCUGACAUGGCACGCAGCCGCUCCGCCCUCCUUACGCUGGCAGCUAUCGCAGCACUCGCCGGGUGUUGUGUGUGCGCCCCGCAAGGAAGUGUGCAGGGCGGCGUGCAAGGAGGCGCGCAGGUCCCGCCUGGGGUGCCGCACUCCACCGCGCCUCCGGCCGGAGUCGGCGGCGUACGAAGAUUCAGUCAAUAUUCCAGAGGGAGAGGAUAUCGCGACUGGCGCACGCGUGGCGACCCCACGCUCAUCAACUCACUCUGGCGCAGUCGGCAGCCGCUGGGAAUACGCAAGCAGCUCGGAAACGCCGAGGUGUACAUAAUACUAGCGUUGCUGAUCGGCUUCGUGACCGUGGUGGUGGGGUGCUGGCUGUCGGACAACUGCUGGUCGCCGGAGCCGGAGGACGUGCUGGCGGGCGGGUGACCCGUGGCGGCGGGCGCGUGCACGCACGUGUAGCGCCCGCCGUCCGCGGCCGCGGACAGCCCGUCGGGCGCGGGCUCGCUGUCGCCCGUG